AUGUUAGUGAUCCUGUUAUCGGCUCUGGUUUCGACCACACUGGCGGCAGAAUACGCUAAUCCCAGCCUGGUGGCACCAGCCCCAGCAGCUUACGGAUCACCGUAUGCGUCGAACUCGGUGAUUGUGCCACAGCCAAGCGUCCAGUUUCAAAGCUACCCAAGCCAUGUUGCUCAACAUCCGGUAGCCCUACCCGUACAGACUACCCAGGCAGUACAGAACGCUUACCCUUACGGUUAUGGAAUGUUUGGCGCGUUGCCAACCGUGCAGCAGAAUCCCUACCAGAUGUACCAACAUCAAACAACAGUAAAGGAAGCACUGCCCACCACUAAUCUUGCUUCGAUGUAUGUGAACUACCCUCAGACUAUGGAAACGGUAGGGGGUACGGUAGGCACCAGUUCACUGAGACAAUCUCAGCAAACAUCUAUCCCGGCAUCAUCUGUAUCAUCCGGGUCAUCUUACUUCUCCUUGCCGGCUUCCACCACCUCCACAGAAUACGUAGCUCCAGCGACAGCAAGUGCUACCAUAAAAGAAAUAGGUGCUGUCCACACUCUUCCCACCCAAGUCGCUGCCACUACCGUAACCGACCCAUGGGCAGCAUUGAGUGGUGUGACCACGAAGAAGACAGUGGAAGUGAAGAAAAAUGAUGGAGGAGGAUCAUCAACGUUUUGA